GCAAUUCUGAUUUCUUGCGGCACCAUGUCAAUAUAAAUACUUGUCUCGACUCGAGCAUGCCGUGAAAGAAAACUACUUUACCAAAGGCAAACGGAUAGAAGGAAGCCAACACGAUACAAAUGAGCGAGGGGUUUUCAAAAAAACAGAAGCACGAUGAAGAAGGAAGCGGUGGGGAGAACAGCAGAGAAGAGCAAGAAGAGGCAUUGAUCGCUCUUAUCGAACACCGUACCAAAGAAGUUCAGCAUCUCAAACAGCGUAUCUCCUAUUACAAAUCUCAGCUUGAUGAAGCAGAGAAGAGGUUGCAAGAUUCACAAUCUAAAUUGGCUCGUCUUCGAGGCCAAGAUAAUGCAGUGUCUUCUAGAAGUUCUCUGGCUAAUGGAACUAAAAAUGUUAAGGUGGAGCGGAGAUCAAUCAGUCCUGUUCCUGUUGAUAAAUGGCCUUCUAGAUCCCAACCUCAAUCUAGAACGGAACUGGUAAUUCCUGCUGUAAAUCCCAAGAUUUCUCAGCCUCUAAAAUCAACAUGGUCUGGUGUGAGAGAUCCUGUUGGGUCCAGUGCUCAAGGAAGUCCUGCAUCUCACCCUAACAGUGUUGUAAAAGGGGAGAAAUCCUAUGGAAAUUCUUGUGAUAGAGAAGUUGUUGAAGUUCAAGAUAGAGGAACAAAAAGAAAGUUUGAGCAGAAAGAACAUAAAGAAUUGAUCCCACUGGUGCAAAGCAGUUCUUCACCUUGCACAAUUCGCUGUCAUUCAAGCAACCACAUUUCCAGUCAGCAUAAAAGAAAGUUAAGAAGUCUUUCAUUGUGCCCAGUGAACGAUCAGCUUUUUGUGACCAGUGCUUUGGAUGGAGUUGUGAGCUUGUGGCAGCUUCAAUCUAGGGGGUCAGGCGCCUCGUUGCUUAGUUCAACUGAUUGUGUGUCUCCAAAGCAGAGGAGAUGGCCUGAAGAUAUAGCCUGGCACCCACAGGGAAACAGCCUCUUUUGUGCUUACACUGCUGAUAGUGGGGAUUCUCAGAUAUCAGUCCUAAAUCUGAAUAAAACACAUGGGAGAGCUCGUGUGACUUUCCUUGAUGAGAAACCUCAUGUUAAAGGUAUCAUCAAUAGCAUAAUUUUCUUGCCAUGGGAAAAUGCUUCUUUUGUGACUGGUGGUAGUGAUCAUGCUGUUAUGCUUUGGAGUGAGAGAGAUGCUGAGAACUCAUGGAAGCCAAAGGCACUGCACAGGAAUAUGCAUUCCUCUGCUGUCAUGGGAGUUGCUGGGAUGCAGCAAAAGCAGAUUGUAUUGUCUGCUGGUGCUGACAAGAGGAUUAUUGGGUUUGAUGCUGGAGUAGGAAGAGCUGAUUUCAAGCAUCAGAUAGAAAGUAAAUGCAUGAGUGUUCUUCCAAAUCCAUGUGAUUUCAAUCUAUUCAUGGUUCAAACUGGGACACCGGGGAGGCAGCUGCGGUUGUUUGAUAUUAGAUUGAGGCAGACUGAAAUUCAUGCUUUUGGAUGGAAGCAAGAAAGUAGUGAGUCCCAGUCAGCUCUGAUAAAUCAGGCUUGGUCUCCUGAUGGUUUAUACAUAACAUCUGGUUCAGCAGACCCCAUAAUCCACCUCUUUGAUAUCAGAUACAAUGCUCACAGGCCAUCCCAAUCAAUAAAAGCUCAUCAUAAACGGGUUUUUAAAGCUGUGUGGCAUUAUUCUUAUCCACUUCUUAUUUCCAUAUCUUCUGAUCUAAACAUUGGAUUGCACAAGAUUUAGAAUGUCAUUAACAUAGGACAGAUUUUUACUUGGUAAGUGUUUUCGUUUUCUUGCCACACUGUCAUCAGAUGGUAAUACGAAACCAUUGGGAUGAAUAGGAUGAAAGAAGAUGACUUCUGGGAGAAGAAAUUCUGAUUAAGGGAUUGUGUUAUUCAUCAGAUGGGGGCUCUGAUAUAUGAUGCUGCUGGCAUAUAAGCAUCUGAUGACUGAUGAAACUGAGAACCCAGGCUAGGGAUGACUUACCAGAUUUUGUGAUUGUUUUCGUCCUUUUAGGAAAAUUAUAAUUUUUGUGUAUUCCGUAACAGUGUGAUAUUUACUUUUAAUGUUGCAUAGUAACAUGGGCGAUGAAGUAUGUGUUUAAGGCUUCAAGUUUGAUCCCA